GGACUGCCCAGUAUGGCAGCGGCCAGGUCCGACUGAUGCUGUCCAGGCAUCGCCCCAGGGGAAAGGUUGCUGCGCGGUCGCUAGGGACGGGAGGAGUCUGGUGGUGAUUGAUGGGGAAGGGACGAAUGAAUAAAAGUACUUGUCUUGGGACAGCAAGGAUCCCGAGCAAACUGCAGAGGCUACACGGUCAGGCAUUCCCUCGGCGUUUCGUCAGAGCCAGACCCUCCCGCUGCUGAAGGGAGGCGCGCUCUGCUCCCGGGCAGCCGGGAACCCAGCCGCGCGCCGGGGGAAGGAGGUCCCUGCCUGGCGCGUCUGGACCAAGAGACUCGGAAAGCUGAGGAGCGGCCACCCGACUCCCUCUGGAGCAGGCAGCAGCAUGCAGCCGCUGCCCAGCUUGUGCGGACGCGCCCUGGUGGCGCUGAUCCUUGCCUGCGGCGUGGCAGGGAUCCAAGCAGAAGAGAGGGAAUUCCCGCCAGCCGGGGCCACUCAGCCACUUCUGGGGACCGGAGAAAUGAUGGAGACCCCGACUGAGACCUCCUGGCCCGGGAGGUCCAACGCCAGCGAGCCUCGAUCGUCCGCAACACCGCAAGUUCCUAGAGGGGGAAGGAUGGUGGGAAUCCCACCGCGCACCCCACCCCCGUGCGAUGGACCUAUAGAGAUCAAGGAGACUUUCAAGUACAUCAACACGGUGGUGUCCUGCCUAGUGUUCGUGCUGGGCAUCAUCGGAAACUCCACGCUGCUGAGAAUCAUUUACAAGAACAAGUGCAUGCGAAACGGUCCAAAUAUCUUGAUAGCCAGCCUGGCUCUCGGAGACCUGCUGCACAUUAUCAUUGAUAUCCCCAUCAAUACCUACAAGCUGCUCGCCAAGGACUGGCCCUUUGGGGUUGAGAUGUGUAAGCUGGUGCCUUUCAUUCAGAAGGCCUCCGUGGGCAUCACUGUGCUGAGUCUAUGUGCUCUAAGUAUUGACAGAUAUCGAGCUGUUGCUUCUUGGAGUCGGAUUAAAGGAAUCGGGGUUCCAAAAUGGACAGCAGUAGAAAUUGUUUUAAUUUGGGUGGUCUCCGUGGUUCUGGCUGUCCCUGAGGCCGUGGGUUUUGAUAUAAUUACGAGUGAUCACAUAGGAAAUAAUCUGAGAAUCUGCUUGCUCCAUCCCACUCAGAAAACAGCAUUUAUGCAGUUUUACAAGACAGCUAAAGACUGGUGGCUAUUUAGUUUCUAUUUCUGCCUGCCAUUGGCCAUCACUGCAUUGUUUUAUACCCUGAUGACUUGUGAAAUGUUGAGAAAGAAGAGUGGUAUGCAAAUUGCCUUAAAUGAUCACUUAAAACAGAGACGGGAAGUGGCCAAAACAGUAUUUUGCCUGGUCCUUGUCUUUGCUCUGUGUUGGCUUCCUCUUCAUCUUAGCAGGAUUUUGAAACUCACUCUUUAUGAUCAGCAUGAUCCCCGUAGAUGUGAAUUUUUGAGCUUUUUGUUGGUAUUGGACUACAUUGGCAUCAACAUGGCCUCCCUGAAUUCCUGUAUUAACCCAAUAGCUCUGUAUUUGGUGAGCAAAAGAUUCAAAAACUGCUUUAAGUCAUGUUUAUGCUGCUGGUGCCAAUCAUUUGAAGAAAAGCAGUCCUUGGAGGAAAAGCAGUCGUGCUUAAAGUUCAAAGCUAACGAUCACGGAUAUGACAACUUCCGUUCCAGUAAUAAAUACAGCUCAUCUUGAAAGAAGGAAUAUUCAUUUUCUUUAUUUUGGACAGAAAUCAUUCAAACAAAGAGGUGUCUGCCAAAGUGAAACAAAACAACGUGUGUGUUUGCACAAAACAAUGUACAAAUCUAAGAGUGAUUAUUUUCUUCACACUCAAGAGUUCCACAUGACAUUUGACGAGCUGUUUCCAGCAUGAGAAGACAAGCAGUGAGAAUUAAGAAAGCCUCGUUGUGAAAGCACUUAAUUCUUUACAGUUAGCACUUCACUAUGUUAUAGCUCUUCAGAACUUCUGGUCUAUUCAUACACCACUUACAUUUAACUUGAGUUCACUCAGAAUUCCUGUGAAAGAUGUUUAUUUUUGUAAAUUAACAUGCAUCUGAUGUAAAGGAAAAAAGUAUCACUGCAAAA